AAUUAAUCCGCUUUAGCGAUGUAACUCUACAGUAUUGCUGUCAAUAUCGGCGCAUUAAGUUCUUUGACGCAGCGGCGUCCAUUUCGGCCUUCUCAUUAGUGCCAACAAUAAUAAAAGGCCUAUAUUAAGGGAAAUGAUGAUUUCGUCAUCUUAAAUCCUUUACAUUUUUAAAGGAUUUCUUUUCUAUAUAUCUUCUCUGAAAAUUCAAUGUAUUGGGGUGCUCGUUUCAUCCGCGUGUCACACUCUCUCCACAUCCCUCUUUUUUUUAGGAUGAGACUCUACAUUCGCUUUUCAUCGAGAGAAUUGCUAUUCUGAAAGAAGACUCUUUACGGAGAGACAUCAAAGUUCACUACGACGUAUGACUACGAUUCAUCCGUCAGUCAUAACAAAGGACAGUGUCCACUGCUUAUAAUCAUGACGCCGAACGUCACCGACAACGCCACGGUUCAAUACCGGUUCAUGCACGACCUCGGGAGCCCUGCCCAGAUUGCCGAGAUCCUGACGCUGAGCGUCAUCCUAAUCGUAGCAUUAUCGGCAAACAUCGUGGCUUUUACUACGAUCGUUCAGGAUAGAAAGCUGAGGAGGAAUCCACAUAACCUUCUCGUACUGAACCUCAUAUUGAUGGAUUUGGGUAUCGCUGCCCUCAGCAUGACUUUCUCCAUGAUUUCAAUCUUUGAUGGAGGUCGGCUUCUCGAGGCUUUUCCAAUCUUAUGCAAGAUCAAUGGCUUUAGCGCUUCUAUGUGCACCAUAGGAAACUUCGCAACUGUCUUGUUCAUUUCUACUGACCGGUUUAUGGCGGUUGUUUGGUCUGCUCGCUAUCCGUCUUCCCGUAAGCGGGUAACCGUCAUGAUCGUAAUCACCUGGAUCAUCUCGCUAUUGGUCGGCAUAGCACCGUUGACUGAGGGCCUCUCCUACUACCAUUAUAGCAGUUCAACCCAUCACUGCUCUCCGGCAUGGACGAACUGCAUCUUCUAUGUCUUUAACCUCACCUUCAUAUAUGGACUGGCAGUCCCCACCAUGCUCAUCUCUCACGCUUUUAUCAUCUAUAAAUUGAGAGCAAAAGAGAAGAAGCUUAGAUCGUAUGGUGUCGGCAAGUCAGGGCAAGCUCAGGCAAGCCAUCCGGAGGGCCAUAUCAGUACUGUAUCGGGAUCAGCUGGAAUGGGAACUGACAUAUCUAUGGAAGGCAUACAAGAGAAAAGUGACAAGAUUCCCUCGAAGGUACCUCAAAGCAGUAACAUGAAACAAGAUCAAGAACACAGCUUACAUUCUCUUUCGGUGGAUUUCGGUGACACUUCGGACACAAUCGGCACUUCCGAACUUGAUCUCUCUUCAUCGGAUAUGGUGUCUCGGGGGCAAAAGAAAGAAGAUCGGCCGAGGAAAGCAAAAGGGAAAAAAGACAAACAGACCCAGUUGGCAGUAAAGUGGGCGAACCUAAGCGUGGAUAAACAAGUUGCAGUUGCAGGUGGUAUGGUUGUCCUGACAACGACCCUCUGCUGGGCUCCUUACUCUCUGGUUCAUGCUUGCUUCUUUGACUUCACUCCAUCUCACAUGGUUGGGGUUGCUACCAUGUGGCUGGGAUACACCAACGCGAUGCUCGAUCCCCUGAUCUAUGCAUUCUUCAACAGACAGAUACGAUCCAAGAUUGUCCAUCGUUUCAACGACUGCUUCUCAUGUUUGAAAUGAUCCAAAUUGUCAAUACUACUUCCUUUGGAGGGGGAAGUGCUGAUGGGUUUAAACAGGGCAGUUUCUCCGUCAUUCUCAAAGCAAUCCAAAACGGGAAUAAAAGGUUGGGGGCAUUGAAGAUAUGGGAAAAGAAAAGUCUCAAGCACUAGCGAUACAAUGUUCCAAAUUGAUAGAAUUCAGGCGGGAAUAAUCCAACUACCCUCCCCCAUUUCCUAAUAAGUACCUAGCUGGGCGUCAUGAUCGUAUAGUUGUGUUUUGACAUGUAAAUAUAGCCAUUUUAUGAUAUACCUCUGAUGUAAUCUUACGAUUUAUAAACGUGUAAAUAGCGUUAUAAAAUUAAGUAAAAAGCUAUUUUGAAAUGUUAGCUUUGAUACAAAGAGCUGUAAAUAAAUGUAUAUUCAGAAUAAUAUUUACACCUAGAACUGCAUUAUUGUGAAAGCAACAUAAUAUCAAUAAAUCCUGAAAAAAUCAAAUAAGUGCCUGUACCAAGAUUUUAAAAGAAUGGAGAUCAAAUUAUAAAAAAAAAUGAAGUCUACUGAUGUCAAAUUGGAUAUAAUGAAAUAUGAUAUUAUAUAAAAAUGGAGAUGUCUAAUGAUGUCACUUGCAAGCUGUACAAUUUGCCUAUUUUUAUUUUAGUUGUAUAUUUUCUUAAAUAUGUAUGUAUAUACCAUUUGUCAACUGAAUGUAAUUUAGCAUUUGGCUGCUAUUAUCAGUGAUUAUUAUAAACCAUUCAAUAAUAAUG